AACUUCUGUUUAACAUGCCCCACUUUGUGUUCAGUGUAACAUAACAGGCAAAUGACAGAGGCGCUGCUGUAAGAUUCCUACACAGUCUCUGCUGAUUGGCCUCUGGGAGCUGUUUGGGCCCAUGUCACGUGACAGGACCCAGGGACUAUUUGAAUGUCAGUCAAGGCCUGUUUCCCUUCCCCCAAAGUAACAUUUGAGGUGCUCUGAGCCUCCUUGCUUCCUGUAUUCCAAGUUAAAGGCGGAACCGAUGGACUCACUGUGGCGCCACUUCUUCCUCUCUGAGGCGCAGAGUGUUUGUAUCAUGUGCAGUGACUGGGCCUGACUUAUGGGCCUGGACUUAUGGACCCGCCCUGUGCUGACAAUCUGUGCCUGGAUGGGCGCCGCCAUAUUGGAAUUAAAGUUCACCUUUAAGUUAACUUUUAGUAUGUUAUAAAAUGGCUAAUUACAUUUCAGUUGGCUCUCACUUUUUCUUUUCACUGAUUUUUAUUUGCUUUUUUUUAAAAAAAAGAAUGUUAAAGAACCGGCCAGUUUCAACCAAACAGUAGGGCUGAAAAAGGAAGAAAAUGAAGCGUAAACAAUAGGUUAAACCAACGGAUCACAGAGUGUUAUUGAUAUAAAGAGUUCAGACUGACGAUUCAUUUGGGACGUGAAAUAUUCUAGUGACUCGCGGCUGUGAGAGGAGGCGACAAUUAAAGAGAAAAUGGAUAAAUAAAACUAGAGAAAGUGUCGGCAUUGGCAAGUCAGUACAACAACGGUCCUGCCUAAAGGUGCCCAUAGACUUUCAGAUUUCUCUCCCAAACGACCAAUUCUAGUGCACUCCGACGAAUCCAUCAAAUUAAUAUGAGAUAAAGCAGGUUUGGGAUUUCCCCCAGUCAUUGCUGCUGGCAGUACCCACCUGCAUCAGGUUUCUCUGUGCUCUGAUUGGUCACAGGUAGAAAGGGAUGGGAGGGGGUCUGGAAUAUAUCUCCAUGGCAACACCCUCCAGCUCUCACCUGCACUGCACACCUGUACUGAGGGAACAUCGACUGCCUACUACACAUGUCCUCCGAAGAGAAAGCCCCCGAGUCCUGGCCCCCAAGGGCCCAUCUCAAAACUCCUCCCUAUACCUUCCCGACCAGCCUGGACUUCCCUGGCCCUCCAGUGUCUGCUGGCCGCAAGCUACUUAUAAUGACAGUUGGAGCAGUCAGUGCACUGGCCAUUAGUGUCCUAGGAGUACUGCUGGCCACUUACCUUGGGAGAGCUUCCUGCAGCCAGAGAGAGGUGGCCACUUACCUGCCAGCACAGCUGAAUGUGCAGAAUGAGGCGUCUCUUCUCCUGGCACUCAGUGACUUCACGGAUCAACGUUCAUCCCUGGGCAUCACCUGCGACCUUAAAAAUCACCUGAUGAUUUAUCAUGGACAGCCGGAGGGAUGUGUGGCACGCAAGAUGGAAUCCACCGAAGCCCUGCCAUCUUGUCAGGACCUGGAGAUCUACUUUCAGGCUGUGCUGAGGAACGUCACACUGGGUCUGUCCCUGGAUGUACAAGCGGUUGCCGUGGGCACGUUAGGGAGCCUGGCCACUCUGCUGUGCAAUAACAAGCCCACCUACCUGGUGACCACUCUUGCUGCGCCGGCCAAAUUCCAGGAGAGCCUUGUAGCCUGAUCUCCACACAGUUGCCCAUCACCUUCCCAGACACCUGAUGCCAGACCCACCGAACCCUGCGUCCCACCUGCAUCCCCCUGUGACAUUGUCACCAUAUAAAUAGAUAUAUUCAGUUUGUGACGUGUGUGGGUUACACUUACUUACUAACACCAUCUCUGAGUACAGUACCCGCACUACCUGCACCAGAGCUCCUUCGCUGCUGUGUAAAUACAUUAACUUGCCAUGGCUUUCAUUCAUUCCCAAUAGAAAAGCAGAAACAUUAUCCGUCCAUGUGAUGAUUGUGUUAGAAUAAAGCUAGUGUCUCAUUCA